AAGCAGUUGGCACGGUAUAACUAUGUGUUCCGUAUUACCAAAUUUAUUACAAAUGGGUAAGGAUCAACAGAUUUCUUUGCCACAAAAACUCACGAUUGAACAGCAUCAACAUCAACAAUAUGCUUUAAAGUGGAGUGAAUUCCAAUCGUCUAUCAUUAACUGCUUUCAACGCCUACGAGAUGAAGAAGACUUUGUGGACGUUACUAUAUCAUGUGAUCAGCGAUCAUUUACUGCUCAUAGAGUUGUACUUAGUGCCUGCAGUCCGUACUUCCGAAAAUUGCUGAAAUCAAAUCCGUGCAAACACCCAAUAAUUAUUUUACGAGAUGUCCGGUCAGAUGAUAUGGAAUGUCUUCUGAGCUUCAUGUAUAAUGGGGAGGUAAAUGUAGCACAUGAUCAGUUGCCAGAUUUUUUAAAAACGGCGCACUUAUUACAAAUUCGUGGCUUAGCUGACGUCACUGAGAACUGGCGUUCUUCAGGACAUAUAACGGCAACCAAACCAAUAGAUAAUUCAAUAUUUUUAAACAAAAAAUACCAGCAUGAUCCCGAUAAAGACAACUAUGGUGCCGGAACAGCUGAGAAAGCUAAUCUUCUUCCAAAAUGCAAAUCGUCGUCUGAACGACCGGUUUCGUCCACGAUGGUUUCGAGUUACUCCAAUGAUAUGAACAGGAACUCACCAGUUCUCAAGGAAAUAAAAACACCAGUACCGACACCUGAAAAUAUGGAUCUACAUCGCAGUCGCAAAAUCCUAUUAACGCCACCACCUCAAAAGCGUAUAAAAAGCGCCGACUUGUUUCGAGCGCAGCAUGGCAUUAAUACCAGCCUCCCACUUUCUGAAGGAGAAUUUUCCGCAAUUUCGCAACAUUCUUUAACGCGAGAGCGAAGACAUAAUGUCAGCGACUUUGAGCGGAAAAUGGAGCGUAUAGACGUCAAAUCUACAAAUGAUGAAAGUGGCGACGACGAGUCCAACUGUAGCAGCGAUUACACAAUUGAGCGCGUUGGUAACAACCAAGAGAUUAACGAUUCAGAAGAUAAUUCACGUCCUAUGAUGCACAAUGUAUUUCUUGGCGCUGCGAAGCCUUUGGAACAACAAUCUCUUCUAAAUUUAUCCGACUUUGAGACUCCAGAUGAGAUAUCAAGCAGCUUAAGGGAAAAUGCGUGCAGUCCACAAAAUACUUCACAUCCUUUUUCAACAAUAUUUCGGAACAGUUUUUGGAAUUCCAAAUAUAAAGAUGUCGAAAAAAAAGAAGUCGGUUUCAAUUGCAGUUCCAGUGUUCGGAACAAUUUUUCGAUAGAUAGUUUUUUAUCAAAAUCGACUGCAUUAUCCUUAACGGUGAAAACUGGAGUAAAAAAGCAACCAGCGAUUUUACAAGACAUGUUUAUAAAGGAAGAACAAAAACAGAGCCAUAGUGAAGAUGAAAAUAAUGACAAUAAUGAUCCUCCACAACUUCAAGAACAGUAUAACAAUAAUCAAUAUGAUAGACAGCGACCGUUAUAUAAUUACUUAUAUGAACUUCAGAAAUCAGCAAUUAAUCAUCAAAAUACUUUGGAUGCAAAUUUAAUCGCGAGAUCUUUUUCAUCUAAUGGUAGUAGUGAAUAUCCGGAUUUAUCAUUUACUACAGCCACCGUUUUCGACGAUCACGUCAAUAACAGUUAUAUACUACCCUGCCCUCUAUGUGAAACUCCAUUAGAGCAAAGAUUAUUUCGACAGCAUCUUGAUGGACAUUAUCCGCGAGAUAGCCCAGUUUGUCCAGUAAUCGAAUGCGGUCGUCGGUUCGCACAUCCGAAUUCGGUGAGGAAUCAUAUGCGAAUAAAACACACCCAUCAGUGGGCUAAAAUGAAAGUAAUGCGCUCUUCUGCGGGACCAUUGCCUAGUGGUGGACUGGAAUUAAACAAAAGAUGUAUGGGAAUUACGCAGGAUCCUAGAGCAGCUGCAACACUACAUGCCGCAAAAAUUGCUCAUCUAAGUGCAAUUGGAAAGAGCUUUGAUAACUUGCCAUCUUCACUAAUACAAGCGCAAUUGGAUUUGUCUAAAGAGCAAAAUUCCAAAGGAGAUAAUCCUAGUAAGGGGUGCAGAUCGGAGGGAUUCCAAAUUGGGUCCAUUUUGAGACAGCAUACCUCAUACGACACACCUCUUAACGAUCAAAUAUUUUCCAACAUAAGAAAGGAACAAAAUACCAGUGAAAUUACCACUUCGAAAGAUGCAAGCCAACCGACAACAGCAUCCCAAGCAAAAGACGUCAAAACUUAUGAUUUAAUAGAGGAUGGCGAUUUGAAUGAGAAGAAAUCACCAAAUGCAUAGUUCCAUUUACAUAUAAUAGAGACAAGCAUAUAAUAUUGCCAUUUAUAUACAUACAUACUCGUACAUAUGCUUGCAUAGGAAUAACUAACAGGCCUUAAACAUGUGUUUUAUGCAAUUUUUGUAUUGGUUCGUUCACAUUGUUGAGUUAAUAAAUACCGACGUACAAUUCUGGAUGAAUUUACAGUAAUCAUUAAUUUAAGUCUAACGUUUUUAUGAUUUUGAAAUUUUUGUGGUAGGACAAAUUAAAUACUCAGCGCUGAAAAUACUUAGGAUAAAUUUAAGUUCAUACAUUCACUUUAUGAUGGAAAUAUGUAUGAAAUGUCAACAUUUCGUCCUAGACCGCCGUAUUGAUCUGCCUUAGUUCAAAUCGUUCCUUUAAUAAAGUAAUAGAAUUAUACAACUGGUUAA